AAAAAAUUAACAGCAGCAAAUUGUUACCUAACACUUGUUUAAAAAGAAAAAAAAUUGUAAUUCAACAUUUUUCAGCAUGUCGAGGACUGAAAACGACGCCGUGUCAAAUGAACCGACCAGGAAACACGAAAACGGAAAACCCUGUCUGCGCUAACUGUCCAAACUCAAGUCUAUAUUUUCAUCCCCACCCAAAAAAAAACAAAUUGAAAUUAAAUCAAACGCCUGCAGCCUACAUUUCUAACACCCGUCAGAAAUUAUUGCGGCGGAGCAAUUUUUCCGGCCAUGGCAAGCGGUGGCAGCAGUCCGAUUCCGGUGAUCGACGUGCAGGAUUUCCCGGCGGAGUCCGAAAAGCUGAUCGGCGCGUGCGAAGAAUGGGGGUGUUUCAGGAUCGUGAAUUUCCAGAAAGUUCUCCCGGAAUCGCUGAUGCAGGAGAUGAAGGCAGUGGUGAGAUCUCUGUUCGAACAGCCGACGGAAAUCAAAACGAGAAACCAGGCCGUAAUCGCCGGCAGCGGUUAUAUGGCGCCGUCGAAAAUCAAUCCUCUGUAUGAGGCUCUAGGGCUAUACGAUACAUCCUCCCCUGAAGCCGUUGAUACCUUCUGCUCAAACUUAGAUGCAACUUCUCACCAAAGGGGAGUGAUCUUAAAGUAUGCGAAAGCAGUGAAUGAGCUGAUGAUGGAUAUCGGCCGUAAGAUUGGGCAAGGGCUAGGGAUCAACGGUCCGAUUUCGUUUGAGGAUUGGGCUUGCCAAUUCAGGAUCAACAAAUACAGUUUCACCACUGAAACUGUAGGCACCGCAGGAGUGCAACUGCACACAGACUCUAGCUUCCUGACUAUUCUGCAGGAUGAUGAAAUCGUUGGUGGGCUUGAAGUGAUGAAAAGAUCUGGUGAAUUUCAGGCCGUUGAUCCUUCCCCCGGUACACUUGUUGUUAAUCUUGGAGAUAUUGCACCGGUGUGGAGCAAUGGGAGAUUCUUGAAUGUGAAACACAGAGUGAUGUGCAAGGAAGCAGGGGCAAGAUUGUCAAUUGCUUCAUUUCUAUUAGGACCAAAGGAGGGUAUGGUUGAAGCGCCGCCGGAGCUCGUCGAUUCCAAACAUCCUCGUACGUUCGCUCCUUUCACAUAUAACGAUUAUAGGAGUCUCCGAAUAUCUAAUAGCUUACACACCGGUGAAACCCUUGAUUUGUUUUCGAAUUCGGUCGCAAGUGUUUAAGCAUCCGGUUAUUUGGCCUAAGUGACAAAAUAAAUAAAAUUAGCCCUAUAUGGGGUGUGAAAAAUAUGUACCAUUGUACCAAUUAAACAUGUACAAUAAAAUAAAAUUAGCCCUAUAUGGGGUGUGAAAAAUAUGUACCAUUAAUACAAUUAAACAUGUACCAUUAAAAUUAGCCCUAUAUGGGGUGGGACAAUCUUCAAUUACAAUUAAUACAUAAUUAAGUAGUAUGUUUGAUCUUUCA